UCCUACAGCCGCAUCUGGGGCGCCGCGCCGGCCAGAGGAGAGGCAUGGGGCGCCCGCGGGCCGGGGCCGGGGCCCGGGCCUAGGCGGGCGGACCUGCGAGCGAACCCGAGCGGCGGAGUCCGUGCAGCGCAGCGACCAAGUGGGCCGGAGGCGGCCGAGGCGCUGGGCGCAGGCAAUGCCUUUUGCUCAUUUUCUUACCUAAUUACCCUGGCUGGAACCUCCAAAGCAAGGUUGAAUAGAAUUGGGUAUGGCUUUGACUCCUCGUGGGACAGUCCUAUGAGGCAGAAUUAUCCCACAUGUUCAUGAGGAAACUGAGGCUCAGAAAGGUGAGAUCACCCAAGGCGCUGUUGCCUCCCUCUCUGCCAGGGGCCUGGUGGCCAGAGCUGGUCACUCUGGGCCCUGGAGGGCCCCUGUCCCACGCUGAUUCCCACCAGCACCUCUGAUCAAGUGCCUGGAGGGAUGUGUGUGCCAGCCCUCAGUCCGGCGCCCACUCCUGAUGUGACAGCCUGCUGGUUCCCAUCUUCCCUCUGCACGUAGCUCCCUGGCUGGAUAGUUGCUGCCCGGGAGAGGCAACCCCGGGCACCUCGCUAGGGCGACGGCCCCUGCCACGAGGGCCAGGAUCAUGAAAGGCCUCGGUGACAGCCGCCCCCGCCACCUCUCCGACAGCCUGGACCCACCACACGAACCCCUCUUCACAGGGCCUGACCGCAACCCCUACUUGCUAUCGCCCACCGAGGCCUUUGCCCGUGAGGCUCGCUUCCCUGGGCAGAACACUCUGCCGGGAGAUGGUCUCUUCCCACUCAAUGACCAGCUGCCGCCACCUAGCAGCACCUUCCCCCGCAUCCACUAUAACUCCCACUUCGAGGUGCCAGAGGAGAGCCCCUUCCCCAGCCAUGCCCAGGCUACCAAGAUCAACCGGCUGCCUGCCAACCUCCUGGACCAGUUUGAGAAGCAGUUGCCCAUCCACCGGGAUGGCUUCAGCACACUCCAGUUCCCCCGCGGUGAGGCCAAGGCCCGUGGCGAGAGUCCUGGCCGCAUCCGCCAUCUGGUCCACUCAGUCCAGCGGCUCUUCUUCACCAAGGCUCCCUCACUGGAGGGCACGGCAGGCAAAGUCGGUGGCAAUGGCAGCAAGAAAGGCGGCAUGGAGGACGGCAAGGGCCGGAGGGCCAAGAGCAAGGAGCGGGCCAAGGCCGGGGAGCCCAAACGGCGCAGCCGCUCCAACAUCUCAGGCUGGUGGAGUUCUGACGACAACUUGGAUGGUGAGACCGGUGCCUUCCGCAGCAGUGGCCCAGCCUCUGGGCUGAUGACACUAGGCCGACAGGCAGAACGCAGCCAGCCACGCUACUUCAUGCAUGCCUACAACACCAUCAGUGGGCACAUGCUCAAAGCCACCAAAAACACCACCACCGAGCUGACUACCCCACCACCCCCACCUGCACCCCCGGCCACCUGCCCCAGCCUUGCGGUGGGCACUGACACCAACUAUGUCAAGCGGGGCUCCUGGUCCACUCUGACCCUCAGCCACGCCCAUGAGGUCUGCCAGAAGACUUCAGCCACCUUGGAUAAGAGCCUACUAAAAUCCAAAUCCUGCCACCAGGGUCUAGCCUACCACUACCUGCAGGUGCCUGGCGGCGGCGGCGAGUGGAGCACCGCGCUGCUGUCCCCACGCGAGACGGACGCCGCGGCCGAGGGCCCCAUCCCGUGCAGGCGCAUGCGCAGCGGCAGCUAUAUCAAGGCCAUGGGCGACGAGGACAGCGACGAGUCCGGCGGCAGCCCUAAGCCCUCGCCGAAGACGGCGGCGCGACGCCAGAGCUACCUGAGAGCCACGCAGCAGUCGCUGGGAGAGCAGAGCAAUCCACGAAGGAGUCUGGACCGCCUGGACUCAGUGGACAUGCUGCUGCCUUCCAAGUGUCCAAGCUGGGAGGAGGACUACAACCCGGUCAGCGACAGCCUCAAUGACUCCAGCUGCAUCAGCCAGAUUUUUGGACAGGCCUCCCUGAUCCCCCAGUUGUUUGGCCAUGAGCAUCAGGUACGGGAGGCAGAUCUGAGCGACCAGUAUGAGGCAGCCUGUGAGUCAGCCUGCAGUGAAGCAGAGUCAGCUGCGGCAGAGGCGCUAGACUUACCACUGCCUAGCUACUUCCGCUCCCGCAGCCACAGCUACCUGCGUGCCAUCCAGGCAGGCUGCUCGCAGGAGGAGGACAGUGUCUCCCUGCAGUCCCUCUCCCCUCCGCCCAGCACUGGCAGCCUCAGCAACAGUCGCACGCUUCCAAGUUCAUCAUGCCUCGUGGCAUAUAAGAAGACCCCACCACCAGUCCCUCCACGCACCACGUCAAAGCCGUUCAUCUCAGUCACAGUCCAGAGCAGUACGGAGUCUGCCCAGGACACCUACCUGGACAGCCAGGACCACAAGAGUGAGGUGACGAGCCAGUCAGGCCUGAGCAAUUCAUCGGACAGCCUGGACAGCAGUACCCGACCACCCAGCGUGACACGGGGCGGAGUCACCCCAGCCCCUGAAGCCUCUGAGCCACCCCCAAAACAUGCAGCUCUGAAGAGUGAGCAAGGGACACUAACCAGCAACGAAUCCCACCCUGAAGCCAUCCCCAAGAGGAAACUGUCAUCUAUAGGAAUACAAGUUGACUGCAUUCAGCCAGUGCCAAAAGAGGAGCCCAGUCCCGCUACCAAAUUCCAGUCCAUCGGGGUUCAGGUAGAGGACGACUGGCGAAGCAGUGCCCCCUCUCACAGCAUGUCCUCCCGACGGGACACUGACUCAGACACCCAGGAUGCCAACGACUCAAGCUGUAAGUCAUCUGAGAGGAGUCUCCCGGACUGUACCCCACACCCCAACUCCAUCAGCAUUGAUGCUGGCCCGCGGCAGGCCCCUAAGAUUGCCCAGAUCAAGCGCAACCUCUCCUAUGGAGACAACAGCGACCCUGCUCUAGAGGCAUCCUCGCUGCCCCCUCCCGACCCCUGGCUUGAGACCUCCUCCAGCUCCCCAGCAGAGCCAGCACAGCCAGGGGCCUGCCGCCGAGAUGGCUACUGGUUCUUGAAGCUACUUCAGGCAGAAACAGAACGGCUGGAGGGAUGGUGCUGCCAGAUGGACAAGGAGACCAAAGAGAACAACCUCUCUGAAGAAGUCUUAGGAAAAGUCCUCAGUGCUGUGGGCAGUGCCCAGCUACUAAUGUCCCAGAAAUUCCAGCAGUUCCGGGGCCUCUGUGAGCAAAACUUGAACCCUGAUGCCAACCCACAUCCAACAGCCCAGGACCUGGCAGGGUUCUGGGACCUGCUACAGCUGUCCAUCGAGGACAUCAGCAUGAAGUUUGAUGAACUCUACCACCUCAAGGCCAACAGCUGGCAGCUGGUGGAAACCCCCGAGAAGAGGAAGGAAGAGAAGAAACCACCACCUCCAGUCCCAAAGAAGCCAGCCAAAUCCAAGCCGGCAGUGAGCCGUGACAAGGCCUCUGACGCUGGGGACAAGCAGCGCCAGGAGGCCCGCAAGAGACUCCUGGCGGCCAAGCGGGCAGCUUCUGUGCGGCAGAACUCAGCCACAGAAAGCGCGGACAGCAUCGAGAUUUAUGUCCCCGAGGCCCAGACCCGGCUCUGAGACCAGGAUGCAAACAAUUUUAAAUCAUUAAAAAGAAAACUAAAUGUGAAUAGAACAAAAUUUUCUCAACCUUUAAUUAUGUCUAGAGACCCUGAGCCAACUUCCAAAUUGAUGCAUACAAGGGCUCACAAUUUGGCUUUUUUGGGUCCCUCCCAGCUUUAGGUUCUGAAGACUUCACUCAAAAAGUCAACAGAAAGAUAAAACUGUAAAACUUUGUUUUCCUCUUGCUGGCCAUGGUGGACUAGAUAGAUGGACUUCUUCGGCAACCUCCCCAGCCCAGCCUCGAGACUGCAGUCUUUUUACUUGUUCUGUCUAAUGAGAACUUAAACUAGCUUGUUUACAAGACUACGACAGUCCAAGGGCAGCCUUGGGCACCUGCCAUGUCCUUCCUUUUCCAGGCGCCUCCGGCUCUGACCUUGCAGUUUUCAUUCCUGCAUUUUUCUCUUUCCUCUUCAGAACUCAUACAGGGGCUACCAUCCUAGCUAUGGGCUCUCUGGUCUCAGCCCUUUGAGCCCAGAGGACAGAAAGAUGGACACUCAUCCCCUCCCCCCCAAGUGCUCACACACAGCCUCUCACACGUGUGCAGACCGAGGCCCUGCUGCCAUCCCUAGCCCCGGGCACGGGGCCUCGCCUCUCUGAGAGGAGGAGGGUUUAAGUCUUUGAGUGGGGGAAUAAGAUAAAAGCCACAGUUACCACACCCCAGAUGUCUGCCUUUUUCUUCUCUCCAGCCUCUUCUUCCUUCAGCAAAAAGUUACGGCUCACAGUGACUUACAGGGGGCACUCAAGAGUGGGACCCCAUUUUUAAGGGGUUGUCUGUCCCUGGCCAAGCCUGUGUACAGCACCCAAGGGGCAGGCAGCUGUCCGUAUGUAUGUGUACAUAUGCACAUAGACCUUAGAGUGUAUAUUUAACAAAUGCCCCUCUGCUCACCCAUGCCCACCAGCGCCACCGCUGGCUCUCGGGGCACCUGGCAGGAGGCGGGUGUGUGAAUAGCAUAUAUUUUUACAUGUACUAUAUCUAGGUGUGUGUACAAGUGUGUGUAAAAAUAUAUACCUGUGUGUAACAGCCCUUAUAAUUUGGUCUCCCACCUGCCCUCCACUGUGGGCCCAUCUAUUUUUUUACCCCAGUCAUCUUUCUCUCUCCCCUGCCCCACAGCCCCACUCCCAGGGUGUCAUGAGCCCCAAGCUGCAAUGGCCUGAGCCUGCAGGGUGGGGGGAGGGCAGGGGGAGUGUGAGGCCCGGCCCGCAGCGAGCUCAGUGUACGAGGGCUGCUCUGUGCCGUGUACAGACAAUGGCACUAAAGACAUUCUCGUGGCCGGCACUUGCUGCAGGGGCCCUGGGGGAACUGAGGGCCUGCUCUGGGGCCCCAUUUCAGCUUGGCCGCCGUCUGUGACCUUGGGCAAGUCACUUGACCUCUGUGUGCCUCAACUUCCUCCUCUGUAAAGUGGGGACAGUCCCUGCCCCUCCCUACCUCACAGGCAUGUUGUGAGAAUAAAUGAGGUAAUGUGUACCCAG